AACCAAAUUUCAAUUUUCCUUUGUUUCAACGUUCGAGGAUUUUUCGAAACCUUAGCUUCAGAGAGAGAGAGAGAGAGACAAAGAGAGAGAAGCAAUCGUGGUCUCUCUUCUAUGAGCUUCACUUCGAUUCCCGCCACUUCUCUGCAAGCAUAGGAUUUUGGGUUCUUGUGUGAAGGAUAUGGCUGAGGUGGUGAAAUCAGAGGAGUGUUGUCAGGAGAAUAAGCAAUCUACUGCUGCUUCUUGCUCCUCUGUAUCCGAAGGCAGUGGCAGUGCAAUUCACAAGUCUCCGGGGAGAUGUAGCCCUGCAUCCACAUCGCCCUCACAUCGGAGGACCACCGGCCCUAUAAGGCGUGCUAAGGGCGGUUGGACUGCACAAGAAGAUGAGACAUUAAGGAAUGCUGUUGCAGUUUUUAAGGGAAAGAGUUGGAAGAAAAUAGCUGAGUUUUUUCCUGAUAGAUCAGAAGUUCAGUGUCUGCACAGAUGGCAAAAAGUUCUUAAUCCAGAACUUGUUAAAGGACCUUGGACACAGGAGGAGGAUGAUAAAAUUGUUGAACUGGUGUCAAAAUAUGGGCCUACAAAAUGGUCUUUGAUAGCCAAGUCUUUACCUGGUCGAAUAGGCAAACAAUGUCGAGAGCGGUGGCACAAUCAUCUUAAUCCUGACAUAAAGAAGGAUGCCUGGACUUUGGAAGAGGAAUUGGCCCUGAUGAAUGCUCAUCGUAUACAUGGGAACAAAUGGGCUGAAAUAGCUAAGGUCCUUCAUGGAAGGACUGAUAAUGCAAUAAAGAAUCACUGGAAUAGUUCUUUGAAGAAAAAGUUGGAUUUUUAUUUAGCUACAGGAAGACUUCCACCAAUUCCUAAGAAUAGUCCACAAGUUCCUGUCAAAGAUACAAUUAGACGUUCUGCUAGUAAAUCAAUGCUUGGUUGUUCAAAUAAAGAAUUAAAUGCAGCUGUUGAAACAUCAUCUGAAACUACAGCCAUUAGUAAGCUAGAUGACAGUGGCAGGAAUCAGUUUGAGUCCUCAGGCACAGUUAGAGAAGUUGGUGAUUCUUCAAGUGUUCCUGCAAAUGACUCUGCCGAUUCUGACUGUGUAGAAUGCAAGCCUGGAUCAUCCAACAUCAACCCCAGCUGUAGCAACUCAGAACACGUGUCAAGAGCUAAUUUUGGAACAACUUUUGGGCCAAUAUCUGAGAAUUCUGGACUCAAUGGAAACUCAACUUUUGAGCAUUGUACAAACAAUGGUGACAGGAGCAGUACCAGGUUAAUCGGAACAUCUUCACAAGAAAAUCCAACCUGUGGUUCUUUGUGUUAUGAGCCACCACAGUUAGAUGGUUCAGUUCCCAUAGAUUCUCUUUAUUUAAAUUAUACUUGCCAGCAGAAUGAGUACUGUCCGAGUCCAACGAUGUCACCUACUGGUUUCUUCACUCCACCUCGUGCGAAGGGUAGUGAAUUAUGCACUGAGACACCUGAAUCGAUCUUGAGAAAGGCUGCUAAUACUUUUCCAAAUACUCCUUCCAUAUUGAGGAGGAGAAGAACUGGGGCCCAAACACUCACCAGUCCCACUAAAGUUUUGAAAGUAGAUAAUAAUCCACAUACUUCUAAUAAAACAGAGAGAACCAAUGAUGAUUCUGGUUCUGGGCAUUUCUCCGGGAGUCCAGCAAGCCAUGGCUAUGGGAUUGGCAUUCCCAACAAUAAGGCAUUCAAUGCAUCUCCCCCAUACAGGUUAAGAUCCAAGCGAACAGCAAUUGUCAAGUCAGUGGAGAAACAACUGGAGUUUGCAUUUGACAAAGAGAAGAAUGACGACAAGAGGAGUAAUGUGAUGACUGAAGAUCGUCUGCAUGAAAAAAAAUUGGUUGUGACAUAGUGCAUAAAUUGGAUUAUGGCUGGACUUGCUUUUGAAGGUAGCUGAUUGUUUCUCUAAAUUGUUUGACAAUGUUUACCAAUUUUAUGAAGAAAAUUCAGUGCACGGGUCACAAUGACUUGGCACUUCUCCACACUUGAUAGUUGGCUGUCAUUUCCAUCACACUUCAACAAAAUUCAGCAACAGUAGAUAAAUUCCAUUUACUUGUGGAUACAUAUAGCUAGUUGUAUCUAUCAGAUUUGUACAGUUGUCUUAGGAAAAAUAAAUUUUCUAAUGUUUUAUCAAUGUUUUUAGAUUCCUUCAAUCCUUUCUCUAAAUAAUUUAUGGCCUGACCUACUUAAUAAGUGUGUAACCUUACAUUGUUGCACCCGCUAGUUUGAUGUACACUAUACAUUGAAAUUACUGUUUGACAAUCACAGAAAGGUGUUCAUCAUGAAAUUAUCAUCAAAAUCAAAGAUAAAUUAAUGCAACCAAGUGGUGGUAUAACAUCUCAAA